AUGUGUUUUUGGAGUUCAACAGGAAAUUUCCUAGGAUUCUUGGUCCACCAGAGAGGCAUAGAAAUCGACAAGAACAAAGCAAAGUCCAUCAUAGAAGCUCUGCCGCCUAGGAACAAGAAAGAAUUGCAGAGUCUCUUAGGAAAAAUUAAUUUUUUAAGGAGAUUCAUAUCCAAUUCUGCAGGGAAGAUCCAGCCUUUCUCCUCUUUGUUAAGAUUGAAACAGGAACAGACCUUCAAGUGGGAAGAACAACACCAACAAGCUUUUGAGGAAAUCAAGCAUUACCUCUCAAAUCCCACCAGUUCUGUCCCCACCAAAGAGAGGCAGACCACUCAAGCUCUAUGUAUCUGCAUCAGAAGAAGGAAGGAACAGGCAGUCUACUACCUGAGCAGAACUCUGACAGAGGUGGAAAGAAAAUAUUCUGCGAUUGAAAGACUUUGCCUAGCCUUGUACUUCACUGCUGUGAAACUCAGACACUACAUGCUGCCAUACACCAUCUACAUCAUUGCCAAGACAUAUCUGAUCAAGUACAUGCUAACAAGACCAAUGCUGAGAGGCAGAAUUGGAAAAUGGACCUUGGCCUUGACAGAAUUUGCCUUCAGAUAUGUUCCUCAGAAAGCUGUCAAGGGACAAGCUGUGGCAGACUUCCUAGCAGAUCAUCCUGGGUAG